AUGUCAUUUGAGGAGAAGCUGGUUAACGGUGACCUCCCCCCUGUGCCUGAGGAAGUACACAGGACUAUUCCGGUGGCUUGGACGCUGUCUCAUGACCACGCAGCCGACGAUGUCGCCUACAACAGCGACGGUCAGCUCGUCGGCGCAACGUUGUCGGCGCUGGUCGAACGAAUGACACCACACGAUUCCCUCGUGGAACCCGCGUUUGCUGCAGUGUUCUUCCUGACCUUCCGGCUAUUCGUUUCGCCGGCGCAACUCGUCGACGCUAUCAUUGCGCGCUACAACCUGUCGCCUCCGCCGGAUUUGUCAGAGGCAGACGUCUACAUCUGGAAGCAGCGCAAGGGCCUACCUGUCCGACUGCGAGUGUCGAACUUCGUCAAGGCGUGGCUAGAGACCUAUUGGCGCCCAUCUCUCGACAACGUCGUGCUAGAUGCGUUGCUCGACUUCACUCGCGAUGCUCUGGCCACCAUGUUCCCUAGUCCUUCCCAGCGGAUCUUGGAGCUCAUCAGCCAGUGGCGGUCGGCCAGCGAGUCUGGAUUGAGUCUGAGGUCCGAGCGUGUACGGGAUGCUGGCGUUCCUCUUAAUCCCCCUGCUGUCUCACCAUCGGAAGUUCCUCGGCCUGUUAUGACGAAGAACCUGCUGAAUGCCCUGAGAAGCAAGAACUUCGGCUCUGUCUCCGUCACGGACUUCGACAGUCUCGAGCUGGCGAGGCAGUUGACAACAAUGGAGUGCCACUUGUACUGUGCGAUUAAGGCCGAAGAGAUUCUGGAGACAGGACAAGAGGGUGCGCUAUCGCCUGUGAACGUGAAGGCAGUGUCCUCCUUGAGUACGGCCAUCACCGGGUUCGUGGCGGAGAGUAUCCUGAACGAGCUCGAUACCAAGAAGAGGACAGCAUUAGUCAAGUUCUUCAUCAAAGUAGCAGACCGCUGUGCGACACUGAAUAAUUUCAGCACUCCACGUUCAAUCUUGGCUGCCCUGGAUUCGUCGACCAUUGCACGACUGCACCAGACGUGGGCGGGAUUGCCGCAAAAGAAUAAGCUACAGCUGGAGUCUCUGCGCAAGCUAGCGGACCAUGCUCGUAAUUAUCAUGAGUAUCGUUCGCGGCUCCGGAAUACCGCGCCGCCGGCUGUCCCAUUCCUUGGCCUUUACCUCACCGAUGUCACUUUCUGUCGUGAGGGGAACCCGUCAUACCGUGCAUCGCCGAAGUCGCCCGACAAGAAACUGAUCAACUUCAACAAGUAUCACAAGCUAGCGCGCAUCGUGCAAGAUAUGCAGCGCUUCCAAGUUCCUUACAACCUUAAAGCGAUCCCAGAAGUUCAAGAAUUCUUGAAGGAUGCGCUGGAGAAGUCCAGACAUCGCGGCGAUCUACAGGACCUCUACCGUCGGAGUCUCCUGGUGGAGCCGAAACAACCGGCGGACGUGCCCCCCACCAGCGACGUACGACAACUGUUCAACUGGACAAACCGUUCACAUUCACAUGCAUCCACGUCGACUUCCGCGUCAUAA